ACGGGGCUCAUCAGGCUAGGUUGCAUCGAGCCUGCAUUACUGGGGUCCAUAGAAAUCUUGACAGUUUCACAGGUGAGAGAGACGUCGUGGGUUAAGCUGCUAGCUCCGGGGUUGUUUUACUUUCUCUUUCAGUUCACCGGUCCUACCAUACGCUUCGAGUCUGGGGUUGCCACAGUCAAAAAACACGAACUCCAAGUCCUAUCACCACGGCACCAUGAGCAGAAAGAAAAAGGACUGGAAGACAGAGAAAGACAGAGUGUUGAAUAUGUCAUUGGAGGAGAGGCGUAAGGAGUACCGUCGGUCUGAAUAUGUACCUCUGGACCAAAUCAACACCUGGAAACAGUCUCAGAGCACAGAAGUGACAGAGGAAGAGGAGCAGAAGGACCUUCUGAGAGACAAAGUAUCUCUCUACAAGGGUGACAUCACCAUCCUCGAGGUCGAUGCCAUAGUUAACGCAGCUAACUCCAGUCUUCUGGGAGGUGGUGGAGUUGACGGCUGCAUACACAAAGCGGCAGGCUCCUGUCUGUAUGAAGAAUGCAUCACACUCAACGGCUGUGAAACCGGCAACGCCAAGAUCACCUGUGGCUACGACCUACCGGCUAAAUAUGUGAUCCACACUGUGGGCCCUGUGGCCAGGGGACAUGUGGGUGAAACAGAGACCAAGGACCUGACAGCCUGCUACCAGAACUCGCUGGAGCUGGUCAAAGGGUUCGGACUGCGCUCUGUGGCCUUCCCAUGUAUAUCCACAGGAAUCUACGGUUUCCCCAACGAGCCCGCGGCAAAUAUUGCCUUGGAGACAGUAAAGAGCUGGGUCAAGGAGAACCAUGACAAGGUAGGACCUAGCUGGAUUACUGUCUCAGACUUACUGUCUCUCCUACACACACUCUGUCUUCUCCUACUCUCUGGACAGGCUCUGAGCUGAGCAGGCCUAACUGGC